AUGUCGUCGCCCUCUGCACACGAAGCGUCAGCUGUGGCGCCUGUUACCACAAUUGACGACGCUCCAGCCGACGAUGGCAACCAGAUCCCAGACGAAGGCAUCGCCUCCGAUGCGGACGAAACAGAGAGACUCAAGUUUCUGACAACCGGCACUCGAGCGCAAGACGACUUGGAACGAGAUAUUGGCCGGCAGGCCGACCAGAUGCUCAUAGAGCAGGCAGAUGCUCGGGACAAAAAGCGCAUGGAGAAGUUGGAAGCUGAGGCAAAGCGAGCAGAGGCUGCUAUACAGAAGCUCAAAAACCGUUUGGCUUUACCAGCUCUCGAUACACAGAAGGCAAAGCUCCGUGGGGAGAUGGCAGCAUAUCGACAGAAGAUCGACGACCUGGAUAAGGAGAUGGAUGGCAUACAACAGCGCAUCAAUGAUCGCCACAAAGAACCUGGGGCAGAUGAAGCAGCAGGAGAUAGCGCAAAUGGACCCCUGCCCAACGAAACACAGCGCGAGUGGCUUAUUCGCACAGGAAAAAUUACGCCGUUCUCCAAGUUGGCGCAGAAUCAACCGGGCUCGGGGACCCUAGGGGAGGUCAUGCUGGAUGCCGAGGUUGAAGACAUGGUGGUUGAGGCAGCAAAAGGACCUGUUUCGCACCGUAAUUUGAUGAAGCCUGGCUUUGAUAACGUCGAGUCUAGUUCAGAAGCUCCCAGUCCACACCCUCCAGCACGGUCUAGGAAGCGAAGGAAGGCUACUCCUGCUAGCGAGUCCGGUGCAGACCUCGGUUUUACAGACCCAGACUCUGAUGAUGCCUUCGAGCCUGGUAUGACCGAUCGCCAGCUUGCGACGUUAGAUGAGUCGGACGAAGACAUGCAAGACACGGCUGAAGAUGACUCCUAUGCAGAGGAAGCUACCGGUCGCAAGCGCAAAGCCAAGGGCAAAAAGCUAAAGAAAGCCAAAGCUGCAACUACAGAAGAAGCAUUGGUUGAAGAUCUUGCAGGUGUUGACGACGGUAAUGAGCGAGUCUACCGGAAACGCGUAGAGACUUGGUCAAGGAACCGAGCAGCUGCAAGAAAGAAGGCGAAAGCCAAUAGUGGCGAGACAACUGCGGAUGAAGAAGGAGAAGAAGAGUGUUACCAGCCUCAUCCUACCGAGGCCGAUGCAGAGUUCGAUGGUGGAUUUCGAAUUCCUGGUGAUAUAUAUCCAGCAUUGUUCGACUACCAGAAGACGGGUGUGCAGUGGUUAUGGGAACUGUAUUCUCAAAACGUGGGCGGUAUCAUUGGAGACGAGAUGGGUCUUGGUAAAACAAUACAGGCCGUCAGCUUCGUUGCAGGCCUCCAUUAUUCAAAGCUACUUACCAAGCCUGUUAUUGUAGUAUGUCCAGCAACUGUCAUGAAGCAGUGGGUUAAUGAAUUUCACCGUUGGUGGCCCGCUCUACGGGUCUCUAUCCUACACACAUCUGGCAGCGGUAUGCUAGACACCCGACGCGAAGACCGCAUAGAACGAGAGAUGGAACUUCGAAACUAUGGAGACUACGAUACAACUCUGACUGGGGCCGGUAAAGCGGCUAAGAAAAUACUCGAAAAGGUCAAGCGGGAUGGACACGUACUCGUCACUACUUACUCGGGGCUGCAAACAUACGCUGAGUUUCUGAUUCCGACUGAAUGGGAAUGCGCCGUCUUAGACGAGGGACACAAGAUCCGGAACCCCAACACUGCCAUUACUAUUCACUGCAAGGAACUUCGUACACCUAACCGCAUCAUCCUUUCGGGAACUCCAAUGCAAAACAAUCUAACGGAACUUUGGUCAUUGUUCGACUUCGUUUUCCCUAUGCGGCUUGGUACCCUUGUCAACUUUCGCAACCAGUUCGAAUUUCCAAUUAAGCGUGGAGGAUAUGCAAAUGCUUCGAAUCUAGAAUUUGAGACUGCAGUUCGAUGCGCUGAAACCCUGAAAGAUGCUGUUAGCCCAUACCUGCUCCAGCGUUUCAAGGCUGAUGUUGCAACCGAUUUGCCACAGAAGAAAGAACAAGUGCUGUUCUGUAAGUUGACAAAACAGCAGCGACAAGCUUAUGAAUCCUUUCUAGCAUCAGAGGAUAUGAGAUCCAUUGCAAACGGCAAGCGCCAGAUGCUUUACGGCGUUGACUAUCUUCGCAAGAUAUGCAACCAUCCUGACCUUACGGAGCACAAAACUCUGUCCAAGAAGCCUGGGUACGACUAUGGCAAUGCCAGUAAAUCGGGAAAAAUGCAGGUCGUCAAGGAGUUACUAUCUCUGUGGAAGAAGGGCGGACACAAAACGUUACUCUUUGCUCAGCACCGCAUCAUGCUUGACAUCCUGCAAAAAUUCAUUAGCCAGCUUCCUGACAUCAACUGGCGCCGAAUGGAUGGCGAGACACCCAUCAAGGAUCGGCAAAACAUGGUGGAUGAGUUUAAUACGGAUCCGAACCUUCAUGUUUUCUUACUCACCACGAAAGUCGGUGGCCUUGGUGUCAAUCUCACAGGCGCCAAUCGCGUUAUCAUAUACGACCCAGAUUGGAACCCGUCGACUGAUAUUCAGGCUCGAGAGCGAUCGUGGCGUCUAGGACAGAAGCGAGAAGUUGAGAUCUACCGCCUCAUGUCGGCUGGUACUAUCGAAGAGAAGAUCUACCACCGUCAAAUAUUCAAGCAGUUCUUGACGAAUAAAGUGCUGAAAGACCCAAAACAGCGGCAGACGUUCCAGAUGAGCGAUCUGCACGAUUUGUUCUCACUUGGUGUUGAGAGUGCAGAGGGGGAGACAGAAACCGGCAACUUGUUUCGUGGCUCCGAAGUCAAAUUCGAAGAGGAUGGUAAAACAGUAGCAGGUGAAAAAGAUGAUGCUACUGCGGCCAAGGAUCUGGCAGCUGUAAAGGGCAUAUCACGAUCCGAAGCUUUCAAGGCUCCCGUUUCCGACUCUGAAGAAACACCCACUACGAACGAAGAUGGGACUGCUACCGACGACAAAACCCCCGCCGAUUCCCGUCUUAUGUCAACCAUAUUCGCUAAAACCGGCGUCCACUCAGUGCUCGAGCACGACGCCAUUAUGAACUCGACAGCCGGCGGACGCAAACGCAAAGUGCAGGCCGAUCCCGCCUACAUCCAACGCGAAGCAAAGCGACAAGCCGCCCUGGCAGCCGAGCAGCUGAAGAAAAGCAUGGAAGAAGCGAGAAACGUGCCCGCAGGAACCCCAACCUGGACCGGCCAAUUCGGUCAAGCAGGACGCCCCGACGCCCCUCGCGGAGGAGGCCCAUUUACGCGCGGUGGUCGCGGUGGACGCGGAGGUGCUCGCGGCGGCCUCCCCUCAUCAACCUCGAUCCUCAACAACCUCGCCGCGCGUCAAGGCCGGCCAGUGCCUAGCAGCAGCAGGACAUCAGACGCCCCCACCGCUGCUGCCACUACCACGACGCCCCAGACUUUCCGGGGCCGCCGCAUGCUCGAAAUGAUCCGUGACUUUAUGCUUACCCACGGCGGCACAGUCCCCAGUCGAAUGCUCGUCGACCACUUUGACCACUACUGUCGUGCGCAGCCUGGCAGGAACGAAGAGUUCAAGGAAAUGCUCAAGUUGAUUGCUACGCUUGAGAAGAGCGGGAGUGCGCAGAGGGGCAGGUGGGUGCUCAAGGAUGAGUGGAGGACUCCUGCCAGGGGCGCUUCGAGUGUUCGCCGUGGGUAG